AGAUUCUCUGAAGUUACACCCAUCACAGAAUUUUCAUAGAGCUGGACUAUUGGAAGAAUCUGUCUAUGAUCUUCUCCCAAAGGAGUUACAGUUACCUCCAUCUAGAGAAACAUCUGUAGCAUCAAUGAGUCAGACAAGUGGUGGUGAGGCAGGCUCGCCUCCUCCAGCUGUAGUUGCUGCUGAUGCUUCUUCAGCUCCCUCCUCUUCCUCCAUGGGCGGUGCUUGCAGCUCCUUUACCACCUCUUCCAGCCCUACCAUUUAUUCUACCUCAGUCACCGACAGCAAGGCUAUGCAAGUGGAGAGCUGCUCCUCAGCUGUGGGGGUAAGUAACAGAGGGGUAAGUGAAAAGCAGUUAACCAGUAACACAGUUCAGCAGCAUCCAUCAACACCGAAGAGGCACACAGUCUUGUACAUCUCACCACCACCUGAGGACUUGCUGGAUAACAGUCGGAUGUCCUGCCAGGAUGAGGGGUGUGGAUUGGAAUCUGAGCAGAGCUGCAGUAUGUGGAUGGAGGAUUCCCCCUCCAACUUCAGUAACAUGAGCACCAGUUCCUACAAUGAUAACACUGAGGUACCUCGUAAAUCACGAAAACGAAAUCCAAAGCAGAGGCCGGGGGUCAAACGACGAGAUUGUGAAGAAUCUAAUAUGGAUAUAUUUGAUGCCGACAGUGCCAAAGCACCUCACUAUGUGCUUUCUCAGCUUACCACGGACAACAAAGGCAACUCAAAAGCAGGAAAUGGAACAUUGGAAAACCAGAAAGGAACUGGAGUAAAGAAGAGCCCUAUGUUGUGUGGACAAUAUCCUGUUAAAAGUGAAGGAAAGGAGCUGAAGAUAGUUGUACAGCCUGAGACCCAGCACCGAGCUCGGUAUCUGACUGAGGGCAGCCGUGGCUCAGUAAAAGAUAGAACACAGCAAGGCUUUCCUACAGUAAAGCUGGAAGGCCAUAAUGAACCAGUAGUGUUGCAAGUGUUUGUGGGCAACGAUUCUGGUCGAGUGAAACCACAUGGAUUUUAUCAGGCCUGCAGAGUAACUGGACGAAAUACAACUCCCUGCAAAGAAGUGGACAUUGAAGGCACUACUGUUAUAGAAGUUGGCCUUGAUCCUAGCAACAACAUGACACUGGCGGUGGACUGCGUAGGGAUAUUGAAAUUGAGGAAUGCUGAUGUUGAAGCCAGAAUAGGAAUUGCUGGUUCCAAGAAAAAAAGCACUCGUGCCAGAUUGGUUUUUCGAGUUAAUAUCACAAGGAAAGAUGGCUCCACUUUGACACUGCAAACACCGUCUUCUCCAAUUUUGUGUACUCAGCCAGCAGGAGUGCCAGAAAUCUUAAAGAAAAGCUUGCAUUGCUGUUCGGUGAAAGGAGAGGAAGAAGUGUUUUUAAUUGGCAAAAACUUUCUGAAAGGAACUAAAGUUAUCUUCCAAGAAAAUGUUUCUGAUGAAAACUCCUGGAAGUCAGAAGCUGAAAUCGACAUGGAACUAUUUCAUCAGAAUCAUCUUAUUGUGAAGGUUCCCCCCUAUCAUGACCAACAUAUAACUUUGCCUGUAUCUGUGGGAAUAUAUGUAGUGACUAAUGCUGGAAGAUCUCAUGACGUUCAGCCAUUUACUUACACUCCAGACCCAGCAGCAGCUGGUGCUUUGAAUGUAAAUGUGAAGAAGGAAAUAUCUAGUCCAGCAAGGCCUUGCUCUUUUGAAGAGGCCAUGAAAGCAAUGAAGACUACUGGGUGUAAUUUAGAUAAGGUAAAUAUUCUUCCGAAUGCCCUGAUCACUCCGCUCAUAUCAACCAGUAUGAUUAAGAGUGAAGAUAUUACUCCAAUGGAAGUAACAGCAGAAAAAAGAUCUUCCCCUCUUUUCAAGACUACAAAGACAGUUGGAUCAACUCAGCAAACGUUAGAAAACAUCUCUAACAUAGCAGGAAAUGGCUCUUUUUCAUCACCCUCAUCUUCCCACUUACCUUCUGAAAAUGAAAAACAACAGCAGAUUCAGCCAAAGGCAUACAACCCAGAGACCCUGACAACUAUUCAAACACAGGACAUCUCACAGCCUGGUACCUUUGCCGCAGGUUCUGCUGCUAGUCAGCUGCCCAACAGUGAUGCACUACUGCAGCAGGCUACACAGUUUCAGACAAGAGAAACUCAAUCUAGAGAGGUAUUACAGUCAGAUGGCACAGUGGUCAAUUUGUCACAGUUGACUGAAGCGUCACAACAACAGCAGCAGUCACCACUACAGGAACAAGCACAGACUUUACAGCAGCAGAUUUCAUCAAAUAUUUUUCCAUCACCAAAUAGUGUGAGUCAGCUACAGAAUACUAUUCAGCAGUUGCAAGCGGGAAGUUUUUCAGGCAGUACUGCUAGUGGCAGCAGUGGAAGUGUCGACUUGGUCCAACAAGUUUUAGAGGCACAGCAACAGUUAUCUUCAGUUUUAUUUUCUGCUCCAGAUGGUAAUGAGAAUGUUCAAGAACAGCUUAGUGCAGACAUUUUUCAACAAGUCAGUCAAAUUCAAAACAGUGUAAGUCCUGGAAUGUUUUCCUCAACAGAACCAACAGUCCAUCCCAGGCCAGAUAAUUUAAUACCAGGAAGAGCUGAAGGUGUUCAUCCACAAAAUGAAAACACAUUAUCUAAUCAACAGCAGCAACAACAGCAACAGCAAGUGAUGGAAUCAUCAGCUGCAAUGGUGAUGGAGAUGCAGCAGAGUAUCUGCCAGGCAGCUGCCCAAAUUCAGUCGGAGUUAUUUCCUUCACCUGCUUCAGCAAAUGGAAACCUUCAGCAGUCCCCAGUUUACCAGCAGACUUCUCACAUGAUGAGUGCAUUGUCUACCAAUGAGGAGAUGCAAAUGCAGUGUGAGUUGUUUUCGUCACCUCCUGCAGUUUCUGGAAAUGAAACUUCUACAACUACCACACAGCAGGUUGCAACCCCUGGCACUACCAUGUUUCAGACAUCAAGUUCAGGAGAUGGGGAAGAAACUGGAGCACAAGCAAAACAGAUUCAGAACAGUGUCUUUCAGACCAUGGUCCAAAUGCAACAUAGUGGGGACAAUCAACCUCAAGUUAACCUUUUUUCUUCUACUAAAAGUAUGAUGAGUGUUCAGAAUAGUGCUACCCAGCAACAAGGGAAUGGUUUAUUCCAGCAAAGUAAUGAGAUGAUGUCACUUCAGUCUGGGAAUUUUUUACAGCAGUCUUCUCAUUCACAGGCUCAGCUUUUUCAUCCUCAGAAUCCUAUUGCCGAUGCUCAAAACCUUUCCCAGGAAACUCAAGGCUCUAUUUUUCAUAGUCCAAAUCCUAUUGUCCACAGUCAGACCUCAACAACCUCCUCUGAGCAAAUGCAGCCUCCAAUGUUUCACUCUCAAAGUACCAUUGCUGUGUUACAGGGCUCUUCAGUUCCUCAAGACCAGCAGUCAGCAGCCAACAUAUUUCUUUCCCAAAGUCCUAUGAAUAAUCUUCAAACUAACACAGUAGCUCAAGAAGAACAGAUUUCAUUUUUUGCAGCACAGAACUCAAUCUCUCCACUUCAGUCAACAUCAAACACUGAGCAGCAAGCUGCUUUCCAACAGCAAGCUUCAAUAUCACACAUCCAGACCCCUAUGCUUUCCCAAGAACAGGCGCCACCCUCCCAGCAAGGUUUAUUUCAGCCUCAAGUGUCCCUGGGCUCCCUUCCAUCUAAUCCAAUGCCUCAAAGCCAGCAAGGAACAAUGUUCCAGUCACAGCACUCAAUAGUUGCCAUGCAGAGUAACUCUCCAUCCCAGGAGCAGCAGCAGCAGCAACAGCAGCAGCAGCAACAGCAACAACAACAGCAGAGCAUUUUAUUCAGUAAUCAGAAUACCAUGGCUACAAUGACAUCUCAAAAGCAGCCACCACCAAACAUGAUAUUCAACCCAAAUCAAAAUCCACUGGCUAGUCAGGAACAACAGAACCAGUCAAUUUUUCACCAACAAAGUAAUAUGGCCACAAUGAAUCAAGAGCAGCAGCCCAUGCAAUUUCAGAAUCAGUCCACAGUUUCUUCACUUCAGAACCCAGGUCCUACCCAGUCUGAAUCAUCACAGACCUCCUUGUUCCAUAGCUCUCCUCAGAUGCAGUUGGUCCAAGGGUCACCCAGUUCUCAAGAGCAACAAGUAACACUGUUCCUAUCUCCAGCAUCCAUGUCUGCAUUGCAGACCAGUAUAAACCAACAAGACAUGCAACAGUCUCCUCUUUAUUCUCCUCAGAACAACAUGCCUGGAAUCCAAGGAGCCACAUCUUCACCUCAGCCACAGGCUACUUUAUUUCACAACACUGCAGGAGGCACAAUAAACCAACUACAGAAUUCUCCUGGCUCAUCUCAGCAGACUUCAGGAAUGUUCUUAUUUGGCAUUCAAAAUAACUGUAGUCAGCUUUUAACCUCUGGACCAGCUACAUUGCCAGAUCAGUUGAUGGCCAUAAGUCAACCAGGCCAGCCACAAAACGAGGGCCAGCCACCUGUGACAACACUUCUUUCUCAGCAAAUGCCAGAGAACUCUCCACUGGCAUCCUCUAUAAAUACCAACCAAAACAUUGAAAAGAUUGAUUUGCUUGUGUCAUUGCAAAAUCAAGGGAACAACUUGACUGGCUCCUUUUAACUGGAUACAUAAAUUCCUUGACGAAAAUCCUGAUUCCAAGAUGUUCUGAGAUCUUGUGGUUCCAUGAGGAUUACUGAACUGUUACUUUAAAAACAAAACAAAUUUUGAAAAACUGUAUUUGAGUAAAUGGAUAGAUUUUACUCUGACUGCAAAAGAGCACACCUGUGCUGCCUGUUGCAGAGAUUAGCUACCAAUGUUAACAUCUUCAUAUUUUAUAUUCCUAAUAACAGUGAUGACUGAGAAGCUAUUUCUGUUUCCAGCUGGUGGAAUUAAUUGAUGUUAUUUUCGUAGAUACAGUUCUUUAAAAGUACAGUUUAAAUUCAAGGCUGGACCACUCAGUUAUUAUUGCUAUUGGAAAAUAAUAUUUGUCAUGUUUACUUUUGUUCAUUAUUUUCUUUUCUGCAUUGUUUUGGUCAAGUAAUGACUUUUUUGAAAGUAAAGUUCAAUAAUAACUUAGGCUGUGUUUUUUUUUUCAAUAUAAAAAGCACAGCUUAGGCCAAAGUGAAGGAAUUUUUUUCAGUUUUUAUGGAGAAACUGAAGGGGAAACAUUCUGACAAGUGGGCUGUAUUAAGAACUCUAUGCAGAUAAGAGGACUCUUGAUUUAACACUAAGGCAGACAACACACAAAACUGGAGACAGCUGGAAUGCUAUUGAUUUUAUUUUUUUCAGAGUUGUUAGUUCUCUGUGUUUCUACUAAGAGGUUUAGCCAUAACUGUGCAUAGAAAAGUAAUUAUCUUGCUCUAUUAAAAAAUGAAGGGGAUACUAUAUGGUAAAUUAUGUUCUAAUAUCCUGCAGUAGUUUAAACUGACAAUACUUUGAGUCUGUUUUCUUCUUAACCCAGUCUUAGACUGGUGUUCCCUUUUUAUAUGUAUCUGUAUUAUUUCCCACUUCUUCUUUAUUUUAUUUUAGACAACUAUGAAUAUACUGCUGGCUUUGUGACCCUGUAGUAACUUAAAAGAAAGGCCAUUUUACCCUAGGGUGACCAGCAGUCCUGCAGCACAGGGCAGGGAGUUCUCUUUUAGGAAGGAUUGGGAGUUGAUUCCUGAGAAACAGUGCAUUUUCCCCCCAUGAACGGUGCUGUUCUGAAGUCUUCAAAUUUUCCCUCUAAUAGGAAAUAGUAUAAACUUUAAUUUUUUUAAAAAAGGCAAACUAAAAUUUCUUGAAACAUCAUUUCUCCCUGAACUGCAGUGAGUGUAAAUUCACUUGUCACCUCAGUGCUUUAUGGUUUGAAGUGGUCACUUGCCGAUGGUUCCCACAAGCCUUAGGCUUUACAGGGUCAUAUCAUUGACUUAAAAUGAAGAAUUAACUUGUGUUACAUCUAUAAAGAGCAAAAUAACACACUCCAGAACUUGCAGUUGUAGCAUUAGUUAUAAAGUUUUGGGUGUUCUUGCCACCCAUGGGAUGCCUGCUUCUCACUACCACCUGUGUCUGGACACGUGCUUAUGUCUCCUGUUCCUUUUGGCAUGUGGAAAGCUGUCAAUGCAGUGUAAGGCCGAUGUGUGUGUGGCUUAUAUGUGUUGAUAUAAAAUUUUGGUAUCCUUGUCCUUUUCAUUUAUUUUUUUAGGUGUACAAAAAAUAGCCUGUUAAUUGUUGAAGGCUACUUUUCUGUUCGAUUUUUUUCCUAUCCUGUACAUUUAGUUGAACUGUGUGGAAUUGUGGUGUUGGUUUUGUUUAUCCAGCCAGACUUUUCCCCCUUUAUGUAACGGUCUUCCUUUGUUAUUUGAAUGUGCUCUUCUCCUUUGUGUUUUCUCUUUAUUCUCAUGUAUUCUUCCCUUUACCCCCAACCCUUUCUUUCUUUCUCUCUCUGAUUGAGAGGCAUUGAAUUACGUUUUCAGUAGUACAGGCUUCUUGCCGAUAUGAAGGGAACUUUUCAGAAAGAGACCUACUCUGGGUCAUUUAAUUUUGAAUACAGUUUUCAAUCGUUCAAGUUUUGGAUGGUUUAUAUCUAAUGUGUGUUUCAUUUUUUUGGAAAGCUAUAUUUUGUAUUUAGGAAAUGGUAUACUAUUUUGCUAUUUGUACUGAGUGAGUACAUUGGCAUAAAUAUAGAAAUUUAUAUAUAUACAUAUAUAUAAACUAUUCUUUUUUUGCCACACAUUUUUGUGGUAAAUUUGUGAGUUUGUCUGAUGUUCUACCACAACGUGGCGUCUGAUAACAGUGAGGGGGGGUUUGUUAUGUCUUUAUUGAGUAUUUAAGUAUCUUUUGAAACAAAUGACCUGUUCAUCUGUGGCCAUUCCAUCAGGCAGUUCCUUGAUGUUAUUAGUGGGCUAACGGCAGCUUACUGUGUGUUUGCUGGAUCUUUCACUCAGCAAAAUGUUAGAGCAAGGAAACCCAUCAAGGCCAUUGUGUCAAAUGGUGUUUCACAAGAAUGAGCCAUUCAGUCUUUGCUCACUAUAUAUUUAAUAUUUUAUUAUUGUUGUUAUUGUUAUUAUUAAUUGGCUUUCUGUAUCCUAUGCCUUUUAUUUAUAAAGACACUAAAAAAAGACCAUGUUUGUAAUUUUAAUAACAUUUUCCCCAUCUUGUAAUAUCCAGAGCUACUUUAUAAAUUCUCUGAACCAAAA